GCGCGGCUUCUCAAACAUGGCGGCGGAGGUGUGAAGAUCGAAGCUGGCUCGCGGGACCUGUGUGACAGAAUUUCGCUCUUUUCGCCGACGAGACUCGAGGUGUGAGGCGACUCCGGGCUCCGUGAAGACCAGAGAGGCGGAGUUUUGGUGUUCCGGGCUCUGGCUGUUUUCCGCAGAAGGUCACAACUCUUUCAAAAAAUCUGGAUUUUAAUAUCUGUCAAAUGGAAGGUUGAAUGAACAGGAAAGCACACCAGAGAGAUACCAUGGGGCAGACAGUGAAAGAAGAGUCAAUGGAUGUAAAGAAGGAGAAUCAAGAGAGAGCUCCUCAAUCAGGCACAUCUUCUGUGCAAAAUGAUGAUUUUCAAUGGGAAAAAUACUUGGAAGAGACUGGAUCUUUAAGUGCUCCUUCAGAGUAUUUUAGACAGUUUGACUUACUUCAGCCUCCGCUGGGGUACCAGAUGAACACAUCAUCUUGGCCAAUGUUCCUCUUGCGAACACUGAGUGGAUCUGAAAUGGCACCUGCAGCAUUCUUUAAGAAGGAACCACCAAAGCCACCUCUAAAUAAUUUUAAAGUGGGAAUGAAACUUGAAGCUGUAGACAGAAAGAACCCUUAUCUGAUCUGCCCUGCAACUAUUGGAAAUGUUAAAGGAGAUGAAGUUUAUAUCACAUUUGAUGGCUGGAGCAGAGCUUUCGAUUAUUGGUGCAAGUAUGAUUGUCGAGAUAUUUUCCCAGUUGGGUGGUGUAACCUGACAGGAGAUCUAUUACAACCACUAGGAAGUAAUGUUUUUGUUACAAAGAAUACUGCAAAAACACAGCCGCCUCCUUCCAAGGCAGCUCAGCGCUCAAUGCAGUCUCCACAGAAUAGUGCUAUAAUAUUAACACAUCAGACUAAGAAAUCAGAUCGGCCUAAACCACCUGGAUGUCCUUCAGUCCCCAAGAAGGGAAGUUCUGUUAAAAAUUCCACAAAAAAGAAAAAAGGCCCACACUCAGGAAGAAAGGAAAAAUGUAUUCCUGUCAUUUGCUCAACAUCUUCAACUUCUCUAAAGGCACUGGCCAGAGAACGUGGUAACGUUUCAUAUGAUAAGGAUGCUGUCCCUGGGUCAUCUAAAAUAGUGAUGUCUACAGUCUGUGUGUAUAUAAACAAACAUGGAAACUGUGGCCCUCACCUGGAUCAGAAGAAAAUCCAGCAGCUGCCAGACCACUUUGGCCCAGGCCCUGUCAAUGUGGUGCUCCGGCGGACGGUGCAGGCCUGUGUCGAUUGUGCCAUUCAAAGUAAGACUGUUUUUGGAUUCCUUAAGCCAGAUCAUCGUGGAGGAGAAGUGAUAACCGCUGCUUUUGAUGGGGAAGUUCAUUCCAUCCAGCUGCCUCCAGUUAACAGUGCAUCAUUUGUUCUUCGCUUUCUCGAGAACUUGUGCCACAGCCUACAGUGUGAUAACCUUUUGAGUAGCCAGCCUUUUAGCUCUUAUAGAGGUAAUACUCAUAGUCCUGAAGAAAAUGAUCAAAAUAAACCAGUAGAAGAUAUAACAGAAAAGAAAAUCACCAAACGACCAUCUGAGCAACCUCUGCCUUAUGUUGCUCCUCUCUCUCCUAAGCAACCCAAAAUAAUAGUGCCUGCCUCUAAAGAGGAAGUAUUACCUUCUGAGGAAGAUGGCAUGGCCAAAGAGGAAAAGCUUUCUGAAGAGUCCAAGAAAUCAUCACCUAGUUCAGCAAAUUCUUUGAGUCCUGCCAGAAAAAAUCCUAUAAGCAUUCAUACUCCAGUCUCCAUGAAUGAUUCUCAAAGUAUGCCAUGCACCUCAAGCCCCAAAGUGGUGGAGACCAAAUCAUCUAUCAAGAGUAGUCAGCUUGAAGUUGAAUUUGAAAUGCAGAGGGAAAGUGAAGUUGAAGCUCCAAGUUAUAUAGCUGAACCUGACCCCAGUGUCCUGAAGCAAGGCUUCUCUAAGGACCCUGCAACCUGGUCUGUGGAUGAAGUGAUACAGUUUUUGAAACAUAAAGAUCCUCAGAAAUCAGGCCCCCUUGCUGAACUCUUCAGGCAACAUGAAAUUGAUGGGAAGGCUCUGCUACUACUCAAAAGUGAUGUGAUUAUGAAGUAUAUGGGGCUGAAACUGGGGCCAGCCUUAAAGUUAUGUUAUUAUAUUGAAAAACUUAAAGAAGGAAAAUAUAAUUGAAAAAAUAUAUGUUUAGAUUAGACAUAAUUUUCAGUUGUUUUGAUAACUUUUAAUUUAAAAGUAUUUUUAUUCUCAUAGCAAUUUUCGUUUUGUAGACAGUUCCUCUAAAACUACAUUAUAUCCAGAAUUGCAGAACUAUAAGUCCAGUCUACUUCUUUAAAAGCCAUUAACAUGUUAGUAUUAGCAUAUUCAAAUUGGCAGUUCUUUAUCUCUGUUUAUUAUUUUAUUGUAGAGUUUGCAAAUACACUUCAUGCAGGAAACAAAGAAACACCUUUGAUUUUGGUUAAUGUUUAUAUGUAAAACCAAAACAGCUAAAUCCCAAAGGGGAAAGUAUCAGGGACUGACAGGCUCUCUAAUGAAAUUCAUGCGAAGUUUUCCUUAGAAGAGAAUUUAAAGAUGCAGCUAUAGAUAUCAUCUCUUUCUCAAAUACUUUAUCUGUUACUGCAAUGUUCUGUUCGUGUUCUAGCAGUUUCCUGAAAGGGAAUAGCCAUAUAAAUUAUCUUCCUUUUGUUACUAUUUCUCUAUAUGUUGUAUUUGUUCAUAUUUAAAGAAAAAACAAGCUUAUAAACUUUCAUAAAGUGUUUUUAUCAGUUUUUGAUGAAUUUUGAACAAUUAUAGAGUGGUUGUUCUAUGCAGGAGAUAUUAUAGUACAAGGGUGGUUUUGGAGUCCAAUUAAAUUUUUUAAAUGAAAUACUUGUUAUUUCAAAACUUUACAUGUUUUCUCCAAGCUUAGACAUUUAACUUGGAAUUCUUUCUCACAUCUUUAUAUGAAGAAGACUAUCCCUUUUCCAGCGGAUCUUCCCAGCCCAGGAAUCAAACCGGGGUCUGCUGCAUUGCAGGCGAAGUCUUUACCA